AUGGCAUGUUUAAAAUUUUUUUCAGGAGAUUUGCCUGAGUUAUUAAACGAAGUCAUACAAUAUUUUCAUUAUGAUUAUAAAACAUUACAUUCAUGCAUAUUAGUUAAUAGAUUAUGGUGUCGUUUAGCAAUCCCAUUAUUAUGGGAAGAUCCAUUUUCAAUUAAAUCCCCUAAAAAUUAUCGUUUUAUUGAAAUUUAUUUGAGUAAUUUCAGUAAUGAUGAUAAAACAAAAUUAAAUGAAUAUGUAAUUCAUAAUGACAUAUUUCCUUCAAAUACAUUAUUUAAUUAUCCUAAAUUUAUUCAACAUUUAGAUACAUAUAAAGUUUGUAAUACUAUUGGUAAAUGGAUUACCAGUAUUUCAAUAACAAGAGGGCAACAUUCCAAUUAUUCUAUGCGAAAUAUUAAUUUAUCAGCUUCACAAAUAUCAAACUUUACAAACCUAAUUUUUAAAUCAUUUUUUCUAAUAUUCAUUAAAAAUGAAGUUAAUUUGCAUAGUUUUGGAAUUACAAUAGAUAGUUAUAAAGAAACUGAAUGUUUUGAUACGACUUUUGAAUUAAUUUUACAAAAUACAAAUUUCUUUUUUAAUAUUAAAAAUUUAACACUUGAUUUGAUUGAAAUAACUGAUAAUAUAACAAAAUUUUUGGAAUUUCUCUGCUCUAAUUGUAAUUCAAUUUCAUCAUUUCAUUUUCUACUUCCAAUUAUAAAUAAUAGUCAUCCAAUAAUCGAAAAAAUUUUAUCACAAAUGAUUAAACUUCAAGAAAAUCUUAAAAAGAUUACAUUUGGUUAUGAUUAUAGUACCCCUUUAUCUCUAUUAUUAUCAUUAAAAAAUCCUAAUUGUUCAAACACAUUAAAUACAAUUAUAUUUUAUUCUAUUGAUUUUAGAAAUAUAAAUAUUCUAAGUGAAUUAUUUAAUCAUUUGAAUGUUUUAGAAUCAAUUCAUAUUGUUUAUUGUUAUUUCCUAGAUUCUAAAUUUAUUCAACAAAUUAAUAAUGUUACAAAACCAUUUAAAUUAAAAUCUUUAAUUUUGAAUCACAUAGAUGAAUUGUUAGAUCCAUUAAUACAAAAAUCUGGCAAUUAUUUAGAAAAUUUUAGAAUUCCAAAAUUUGGAUUACAACAAUUAUUACAACCAAUCAAAUUAUAUUGUAGCAAUAUUAAAUUUUUAUCUAUUCAACUACAUUAUAAGAAUAUUAAUUUAAUAUUCGAUUUAAUUAAAAAUAUUAAGCAAAAUCUUGAUUAUCUUAUUAUUGAUUCCUCUAUUAUCUUUCAAGUUUUUGGUGAUAUUAAAUUUAAUUCAACUGUAUUACAAAAUUUAGGACAAAUUCUUCCUCUUAAAUUAGAAUAUUUAAAUCUUAUAAUUAAUGAAAGUGAUUUAGAAAUAUUCUUAAAAAAUUCUCAAAAUACUUUUAUUAAAAAAUUGGCAAUUAGAAAUGCAAAGGAUGAUGGAAGUCAAGAUAUUUUACCCUAUAUAAAAGAAUAUAUAAUGAAAAAGAAAAGAGUUAAAUAUUUAGCUAUUUCAGGUAUUUUUCAUGAAAAAAGUGUUGAUUUGUUUUCUUUGAAAGAUGAAGUAAAGGAAUUUCAAUUAUAUGAUAUUCAAGUUCUAAAUUAUAAUGAUUCGGUUAUUGAUGUUUAUGAUUUUAUUAUAAAAUAA